AUGCCAUAUGUGAAAGUAUGGACUCAUACAGGAGGUCAAAACACUCAAUAUACAAAUGGAGACCGUUCAAACUUUUGGCUUGGCAUUCCAUUUGCUGACUCAGAAGACUUUAUGGGUGGUAUUUCAACUGUUGGUACAGUUCAAAUACAAUAUACUGGUGACAGAGACGGUCCAAAUGAAUUGAAAGCAAAGAAGUUUACAAAACCAAUAGCACUUUUCACAGAAGAUGCUCUUUUGAAGAUUCGUUCGAUGAAACCUGCUGGAGCUCCUCAGAUUGGCAUAACGACAGCUUCCAUCGAGCAGAUUUUGGCAGCAGGUCAGUAA